GAAAGCAUUUUGCUUCACCUGCACGCUGCUGCAGCCCUGCAGAGAAAGAGAGAAACCCGACAAACUCCCCAGGUUGUGGCUAUUGCACUGAACUUCAGUUAGUAGUUCACCAACCGUGCGGUCCAUUUCCUGGUUUGGCAGGUGCAGAACAGUUCAGUUUGUUCCAACAAAAUGCCCGAGGGACCAGAGCUCCACCUGGCCAGCCUUUAUGUCAACAAAAUGUGUAAUGGUGUGGUGUUCACUGGACCGGUCAGAAAAUCAGAUGUCAGCAAAAGUCCCGAUGUGCCCUUCACCUGCGAGGCCUACCGCAUCACAGCCACUUCCAGAGGGAAGGAAGUGAAACUCACACUGACGCCCAUCAAGAGUGAUGAUCCGAAGCAGAGGGUAAAGUCAGGGCAUGCAGAUCAGCCCAUGGCUGUUGUAUUUCGCUUUGGGAUGUCGGGAUAUUUCCGCUUCACCAAAGAGGAAGAGCUGCCCAAACAUGCUCAUCUGCGUUUCUACUCCAAAGAGAAGCCGUGUAGAGUGCUGAGCUAUGUGGAUGCACGCAGGUUUGGCAGCUGGGAACCCAAUGGGACGUGGCAACCUGAGAGAGGGCCAUGCAUCAUGUUUGAGUACAACAGUUUCAGGGAGAAUGUUAUGUCACAUCUGACCGACCGUGCCUUUGACAGGCCCAUCUGUGAAGUCCUGCUCAAUCAGAAGUACUUCAAUGGUAUCGGGAACUACCUGAGGGCUGAAAUUCUUUUCAGGUUAAACAUCCCACCGUUUGUGCCUGCAAGAACUGUGCUGGAAGGCCUUGAGUCACAAGACUUAUUUGACAAUGAGAAGCCUGUGAAAAACGAGAUCACGGACACAAAGACAAAAAAGAAAAGGAUGAAAGAGGAGACUGCAGACCUGCUAAGAUUGUGUCACUCAGUACCUCUGGAGGUGGUGAACCUAGGUGGAAAAGGCUAUGAUCCUGAGAAGGCAGACUACUCUGACUUUGAGGCAUGGCUGCAGUGUUACUAUGUAGAUGGGAUGAAGUCUCUCCGGGACCACAAUGGCAGAACUAUGUGGUUCAAAGGAGAUCCAGGCCCAAUGGCACCUAAAGAUUCAAAGUCACCCAAGGCAAAAAAGAGAGCAAAGAAAGAAGAUGACCAUGAUUACACAGACAAGAAAAAGGUGGCGAGGAGUCGCUCAGUAAGCACUUCAAAGAAAAAGUUGGUCAAAGGGGAAGCCAUGACCAAAAUGCCAAAUAAGGAAAAGGAAGCCGGAUCCAAGAAAAUAAAGACUGAAAAGGCCUUGCGGGAAGCAAACACACCUCAUCAUGAAAAGAAAUCUGCACGUAGGAGGAAGAGCAGCAUUCCUGACCAAGCUGCAGGUGCGGUUUCACAGAGGAGGAGUGGGAGAGUGACCAGACAGAGUGCAAAAUGA